GUUUGCAUUAUAUUUAUUUGGUAGCUUCUAGAUUACCGCUAUAUUUAUUAUGGAAGGCGAGGUUCCUGCCGCUGCUGUUCAGGACAAAGGAGGCGCACCAGGAAGAGAAGCGGGAGGUAGCGCUCGCGGCGCGUCUGCUGCUGCUGCGAAGCGUCCGGCUGACGCUACGAAAGCUCGCGCAGCUACAAAGAAGGCUAGGAUCAGAUUGUGAAGCUGCAGCAGCUCCUGAAGAAGGCGUCCAUGCUGCUGCCCGACACAGCAGACGAUCAGGCACCGCCGGUCGACAACUAGAUGAUGCACAGGGUGAGCGGGCGCGCCAUGGAACAUGAAGGUCAUCAGCUACAAACCUCCCAGAAAGAACGAAGCAUAGGCGUGCCUUAGGUUAGGUCAUACCCUUCCUGAGCGCUGCACUGUGUGUUAUGGUUGUGUUGGGGAUGCAUCCAUGGCUGCACUGUUUCUGUGCUUGCCAUGUUCCCCGUGUGCUGUGUUUACUCGGCUUGCUUGAGGUUAUGGGGGUCAUGGGGGUUCUUUGAGUCACGCCGGCUGCCUUAGGAGUCUCAUGCUGUGGGACUUGCGCUGGGGUUCGCUGACCAAUGUCUGGUUGUGUUUUGUUCAAUGCUAUUUGGACUACCGUACUUAUCAUACCUACGAUUUGCAUACGAUGCCGUACUUACGCACGUGUACAUUACUCGCUUGCAGCUUGACAGCAGUGUUGUAGGUGGCUCAGUCUGUCCGGUUCACCCACUGUAUGCAUGCUGGUUGUACGGCAUGGGGUAAGUGCUUGGUUAUGUCGCUGAGCAAGACAGCCCAGUAAUGUUUAAUGGCUAGUAUGGACUAAGGAGG